AAAGCUUGAAGGGGCUGUCCGCGUCGACGAGCGGUGAGCUGCGAACGUCAAGCCGCAGGAGCAACAGCGGCUAGCAAAGCAACGAAGGGUUAAAAAAAAGCAGAAACAGAAACAGAAGUAGUGGGAGUGAGAGAGAUUAAUCGGAGCCGCGAAAGCCAAAUCAAAAUCAAAGGGAAGCAUUGAAGAUGCUUCAUCUUUUCUUAGUCUCCUUAAUUUCUUCCCACCUUUUCAUUCAUGCAGCUCUCGCUGAUGGAGUCACUCCCAAUGAAGCCAAACAACUCAGAGAUGAGGUGCGUGAAAUGUUCUAUCAUGCUUUUAAUGGAUACAUGGAGCAUGCAUUUCCACUUGAUGAAUUAAGACCACUAUCAUGCGGAGGAGAAGAUACACUUGGUGGUUAUGCAUUAACUUUGAUUGACUCGCUGGACAUGCUAGCUUUACUCGGUGAUCGCGAACAAUUUACUGCUUCUGUUGAAUGGAUUGGUAAAAAUCUUCGCUUUGACAUAAACAAAACAGUAUCAGUUUUUGAGACCACCAUCCGUGUCCUUGGAGGUUUACUUUCAGCUCAUCUCAUUGCCAGUGAUUAUGCCACGGGCAUGAAAAUUCCGUCCUAUGAUAAUCAAUUACUUGGCUUAGCUGAGGAUCUUGCACGACGGAUGUUACCUGCGUUUGACACCCCUACAGGAAUUCCUUUUGGAUCAGUCAAUCUGAUGCAUGGAGUUGAUGACCAUGAAAGCAAGAUAACAUCAACUGCUGGAGGUGGGACCUUGACAUUGGAAUUCGGAGUGCUUAGCCGUCUGACAAAUGAUCCUAUUUUUGAGCAAGUCACUAAAAAUGCUGUGAGGGGACUAUGGGCACGGCGUUCAAAGCUCAAUUUGGUUGGUGCUCACAUCAAUGUGUUCACAGGUGAAUGGACACAAAAGGAUGCUGGAAUAGGAACAAGUAUUGACUCCUUCUACGAGUAUCUCCUGAAGGCAUAUUUGUUGUUUGGAGACGAAGAAUAUUUAUUCAUUUUCCAAGAAGCAUAUGGGGCAGCCAUGCACUAUCUUCACAAUGAUCCCUGGUAUGUAGAGGUCAAUAUGGAUUCUGCUGCUCUUGUUUGGCCAUUAUUCAACAGCUUACAGGCAUUUUGGCCUGGCCUUCAGGUUGUGUUUUGGCUGGGGGAUGUUGAUCCUGCUAUUCGAACACAUGCUGCCUUCUUUAGUGUCUGGAAAAGAUAUGGUUUUACUCCCGAAGGUUUUAAUCUUGCUACACUAAGUGUUCAGCAUGGGCAAAAGAGUUACCCACUGCGGCCGGAGUUAAUAGAGAGCACAUAUUGGCUCUACAAAGCUACAAGAGAUGCCAGAUAUCUUGAUGUUGGAAGAGACAUGGUUGCUAGCUUGCAAUAUGGGGCCAGGUGCCCUUGUGGUUAUUGUCACAUUUCAGAUGUAGAAUUCCAUAAGAGGGAGGAUCACAUGGAAAGCUUUUUCCUUGCAGAAACAGUUAAAUACCUGUGGCUUCUUUUCGACUUGGCUGUGGGUCCAGAUAACCUUGUUGAAAAUGGGCCAUACAAGUACGUUUUUAGUACUGAAGGCCACUUACUGCCUGCAACCCCACAGAUAUCCCUUGUGCAGGAGCAUUGUGCAUAUCUGGGAGCUUACUGUAAAAGUGACGAAUUCAAACAAGAAGCUUAUGCAUCGGACAUCUCUUCUGAAGUUCAAGAAACUAAUGGUAGUAAAUUUUCUGUAGGCAGAUCUCAGACUAGUUUGCCUUCACAUUUCUCUUAUGUAGAGCCAAUUCCUAUAUCAGGGCUGAUUAAGGGGCUGUGUCCUGGACUAACUCAUGCACAAAAAUAUGGGAUAUCAUAUCUGGCUUCAGUCAACUCAAUUCACAAGCAUGUUUCCGCAAGACGACCGGAAACAACUAUAGUUAAGAGCCAACAAGUUGUAUUUCUCUCUGAGCAAGGUGCACGUGCCACCAGAGAUAAUGUUGGAAGUAAGGAAUUGCCUAACAGAGAGCGGGGAAGUGAUCCACCACACUUGUGAGCAAGAUCUCUUAGCCGGCGAUGAACACUUGAUUAUGAUCUUAAUUUAUUGGAUUCAGUUUUGAAAACUUUUGUUCUCAUCCCAGUACCGUGAAAGGUCUGACUUGGGUAGGAUCAUACAUGGUAACUUAUUUAGGCUCUUUAAAUUGAAGUAUAGGAAGACUGAUGUUCUCGGCUCCUGAUGCCCAUGUGAUUUGUGAUUAUCGAUUUGGGAAAUUCGGCAAUUGUUAAUAAGAGUGAGUUUGGAAUGUUAACGGUGGAAUAAAAGUGGAAGUUGGAAGGGGUUUGUAACUCUUGUAUGAUGAAAAUAUUCGGCACUUAUUUUAGGCCUCCCUACUCGUGUAAUUGAGAAAAAUAUUUUUCUUUUACAAUAUAGGGUUGUUAUGUAUUUGCUUGGAUACAGAAAUCCAUGAUUGAAGAGGAAGAAUUGUUCAAAGAGGGACAAUCUCGGAAAA